AGAGAGAAAGUGCUCGUGCAAACAAAGUGUGAGAGUGAGUGAGGGAACGGGAGUUGAUUAAAGGGGGAAACGGCGGGGCGAGGAGGAGACAAAGGCAGAUAUAGAAAAGAGUAUUUGGGUGUAAAAUGGUGGUCGCCUGCGAGGAGUGUGACACGGUCACUUAUGUAUACGUGGAAGAUUAAUCCGUGCAACAGUGGUGCAAGCCGGAAAGUGAGUAGACGCUGUAAUAGUCUAGCGGUAGGUGGGAAAGGCGAGAGGGGAGCAGACGACGACGAAGACGACGACGACAACGACGACGACGACAUCGGCAGCAAGAGCAGCGGGAAUAGCAGCCAGGACGAGGAAGGGUACUUGGUGUUGGCCGCGUGUCCGUCAUCUACGACUUAGAGGACGACGAGGCGCGCGACGCUCGACGGCAUCGGCAUCGGUGACGGUGACGACGACGACGACUACGACUACGACUACGACUACGACUACGACUACGACUACGACGAAGACGACGACGACGGUUGCUGCUGCAGCAGCGGCGAAGACGACGUGUCGCGGCGGUAGUGUAGAGCAGCGAGCUCCUCCUACCAGCAGGAGGCAAUCCCAGCCAGUGGCGGCCCUCGGUUCCGCGAGGAUGGCUGCUGUCGAGGUGAAGAUGCAGCAUGGCGGCAAGAAAGGCUGGCUAUUUAAAUGGACCAAUUACAUCAAGGGUUAUCGACGACGAUGGUUCGAACUCUUGGACGGGCAGCUCUCCUAUUACAGGGCUGAACCGACUGGGGGGUCAAAGAUAUCGUCACAACGUAAGUGGAGGGUUGGCAGAGCCUCCGAGAACCCAGGUGAAGUGUCUCACACUUGUCGAGGCACAAUAUACUUACAUGGGGCCUUCAUCUACUCAAUAGAUGUAUGCACUUUUGUGGUGAGCAACGGAGGUACACAAACUUUUCACAUAAAAGCUGCUAGUGAGGUGGAACGACAAGAAUGGGUCACUGCACUAGAGUUAGCCAAGGCUAAGGCUAUUCAAGCCAUGGAAUCAGAGGAAGACGAGGAGGAGUAUCAGGACAAUGACAAUCAAAAAAAUGAUAAUGCUUCGACGAUGAAGGAUCUGGCAGAGAAGCUCGAGACGGUACAGAAAUGUAAUGAGAUUUUGACGAAAACGGGGACGAUGUUUCAGCGGGCCCUUGGCGAAUUGGAGUCGCUGGCAUUUAUUAUUCCGGAAUUGUCGCUUAAAAUAAAAGCUGUUAACGAAAAGGCAAUGCAGUUUCGAGUCACCGCCAAUACUAUGAUCACAUCGAGCGCCGUCUACUUGCAACUGGCUCAGCAGCAGGAACCUAAGUGGAAGAAGAUGCUACAGCACGAGCGCGAUCAGAAGGUCCGAUUAGAAAAAAUGGUGGAGCAACUCGCGCGUCAGCACUCGCACUUGGAGGAGGCGGCACAACAUGCGCUACCGCCCCCCGCCCAGGGAGGAGUAUACAGGCCUAGCCACACAGCGGCCAACGCAUCCCCGAGCGAGGACGACGAGGACAACGCGGAGUUCUACGAUGCCCAAGAGUCGGACACGUUCACCCUGAGCGUACCCGCGGAGGGCAUAAAUUCCUUAGAGCCGGCCGAGCGCAAGCGCAACGACUCCCAGGGCAGCGACGAUGGCUCGAGCUCCGAGGGCGACCCGACGCUCCACUCAAGCGCCGAAGCGACCCGCACCGAGUACUAUCUCAUUGUGACCGAUCCCACGGACGCUGUGCCCCAACAGUCCGAAACCACCACCGAACUGGACGGCAAGGACUGGAAAACGAAUAAUGGCAGCAGCGGCAGCUCCGGGUUGAGUAGCGAGCCGUCGAACGCCGUCUCGAAGCGAAAGCGGAGGACGCGCGUACCGGACAAGCCCAACUACCCGCUCAACCUCUGGAGCAUAAUGAAGAACUGCAUUGGGAAGGAGCUGUCCAAGAUACCGAUGCCGGUCAACUUCUCCGAGCCGCUCAGUAUGCUGCAGCGGCUUACCGAGGACUACGAGUACGCCGAGAUCCUCGACAGGGCGGCGGAGUGUACGGAUAGUUACGAGCAGAUGGCCUACGUUGCGGCGUUCACCGUCUCGAGCUACUCCACCACGGCCUCCCGCACCGGAAAACCUUUCAAUCCACUUCUGGGCGAGACGUACGAGUGCGACCGGACCGACGACCUCGGCUGGCGCUCCGUCACCGAGCAGGUAUCCCAUCAUCCGCCGAUGGUCGCGCAGUUCUGCGAGGGCAGGAAUUGGCGCUGCUGGCAGGAGUUCACCAUGGGCUCCAAGUUCCGCGGCAAAUACCUACAGGUAAUCCCGUUGGGCACGGCGCACCUCGAGUUCAAGACGGGCAAUCAUCAUUAUACGUGGCGCAAGGUGACGACGACGGUACACAACAUAAUCGUUGGUAAGCUGUGGGUCGACCAGAGCGGCGACAUGGACAUCGUCAACCACAAGCAAGGCAUAAAGUGCCAUCUCAAAUACAUACCCUACUCGUACUUCUCCCGCGACAGUCAGCGGAAGGUCAAGGGUGUGGUGAUGGACUCGAACAAGGAGGUCAAGUGGGUCGUGCAGGGCAAUUGGGAUUCGAAGAUCGAAAUCGCUCCCGUUAUAAGUACGUCGGGCACGCCGGACAAUCCCGUGUACAAGCCCGGACCUUACACCUGCGCCUGGAAACGGCGCAUGCCACCAGAAGACUGCGAGAAAUAUUAUUACUUUACGGAAUUAGCCUGCCAACUGAAUGAGCCGGAAGACGGAAUAGCUCCGACGGACUCGCGUCUGAGACCCGAUCAAAGAUUGAUGGAGAAUGGAUUAUGGGACGAGGCGAAUACGGAGAAGUUACGACUAGAAGAGAAGCAGAGAUCCGUAAGACGAGCACGCGAGAACGAUGCAGAGAAAUCAGCCUCUGAAGGUUUACCUUAUUCAGCAUAUGAGCCUCUGUGGUUCAAGAAACAAGAGGAUCCUUACACGGACAGCUUUUGUCAUACGUACAACGGCGAGUAUUGGAAAUGUAAAAGUAAGCAGGAUUGGGGACGAUGUCCGAACAUAUUUUAGUUUGCUUACUUUUACUUUAAAUAAUAAUUAACUAGCAUUGUUUAUUCUUUCGUCAUCGGAUUCUCGAUUCAAACAUUAAUGAAAAAUAUUUAAAACGAAAA